CGACAGUUAUUCGCCGUAGACCGAGUUUAACAGCGGAAUCGGAUUUUUCGCAAUUUUAGCAGCCCAAAAACCCGAUCGAGUGUUGCGCGUGUGGAGAGCUUCUUAACUUUUCUGCUGCAAAAGAUUUUCAAUACUUCACAUUGAGGUAUAUAAAACAAAAGCAAAUAAACAUUAGUGUACAGUAAAGACAAAUUCUUAACAAAUGGCACAAGAAGCUGAUAUUCCUACUUUCAAAUGCGUUCUGGUCGGAGAUGGUGGUACUGGGAAAACCACUUUUGUGAAACGUCAUAUGACUGGAGAGUUUGAAAAGAAGUACGUUGCUACACUUGGUGUCGAGGUGCACCCACUUAUUUUUCACACUAACCGUGGUGCCAUCCGUUUCAAUGUAUGGGACACCGCCGGUCAAGAAAAAUUUGGCGGUUUGCGUGAUGGUUACUAUAUUCAGGGACAGUGUGCUAUUAUUAUGUUUGAUGUAACUUCUCGCGUCACAUAUAAAAAUGUACCAAACUGGCACAGAGAUUUGGUACGCGUAUGCGAAAAUAUCCCGAUUGUUUUAUGCGGAAAUAAGGUCGAUAUAAAGGAUCGCAAAGUCAAGGCCAAGAGCAUCGUAUUCCACAGGAAAAAGAAUUUGCAGUACUACGAUAUUUCCGCCAAAUCGAAUUACAAUUUUGAAAAACCUUUCCUGUGGUUGGCAAGAAAGCUGGUAGGGGAUCCAAAUUUGGAAUUUGUUGCUAUGCCAGCGCUACUUCCUCCAGAAGUCAAAAUGGACAAGGACUGGCAGCUGCAAAUCGAGAGAGAUUUGCAAGAAGCUCAAGAAACUGCAUUGCCUGAGGAGGAUGAAGAUUUGUAAUCGUGAACUUAUGCUGCUUUUUAUCUAAAUACAGAGUUUACUACAAAUUAUAAUUGAGAAAACUUAAAAUUCUAGCGAAACUAAAAUGGCGAGGAAACCAAUAAAAAUAAUUAAAACAUAAAAUGCAUAUUUUGAGACUUUAUUGGAAAGACAGUUUUCCAUAAUAUUCUUUGUUCAUGUAAUUUGUAUUUACGUUGCGCUUAUUUUCUUAUUUUUAGUGUACAUUUUAAAUAAUUUUGUAUUAAAUCUAAUCUGAAUACUUGAA